AUGGGGUCCCUUUUAUACGACAAUGAAGCGACAGACGAAAAGCGAAAGAGAAUGAUACGUCAGUCCAUAUCAACAACGUCGAGUUCGCUUGGAUUGAGGAUAUGUGGCAUGAAGGUGUAUGAUCCCAUCAACAAACGCUAUGCGACAUACGAGAAAAUAUACGGCAAAUCACGCACAGCAGACAACACAGUAGAAGCGAUUCUUGCCUACCUAUUUCCAACGUCAUCGUACGGCACACAAACAGAAGACUAUAGAACUUACCUUGAAGACAAUACCUCCACUAGCACAGCAAAAGAAAAGAUACCAACAAAAUACUCUCGAUGGGUGAUAGAGUGUUUCAUAGAUACCUUAAAGGAGAUUCAAGAAUCGCUGAUAGAACAUCCCAAUUUGAGACUCAUUGGAUCUUCUAUACUGUUCAUGUAUGAAGGGGAUCGAUCUGCUGCAGACAAGACGUGGAAACAGAUGCUGGCAGAAGACGAAAAGGGGCUAUUGCAAGAUCAGGCACAGGACACAGCAACAGUAGAGACCGAGGAAGAAUUGCCACCUAAAAUGUGUGAUUUGAGGUUGAUUGAUUUUGCGCAUUCAGACUGGCACGCAGAUAGAAAGAAGCAGGAUCCAGAGUUACUGAAAGGUUUUGAGAACAUCAUCCACAUCUUGGAACAAUGCCUAGCCAUCCAAGGCAAAGAAUCCCUAUAG